AUGGGAAUCAUCUUUGUCUCUCAGACAGGAGUCGGAGUCCUAGGAAACAUCCUGCUCCUUCUCUGCUAUGGCUUCAUUUCCUGCACUGGACGAGGGAUAAAGCACAUGGAUUUGAUUCUCCAUAACCUACUUGUAGCCAACUGCUUGGUUCUUCUCUCGAGAGGCAUUCCUCAGACCAUGGCAGCUUUGGGGCUGAAGUAUUUCAUGGACGAUUUUGGAUGCAAACUAGUUUUCUAUGUUCAUAGAGUGGCCAGAGGGGCAUCUCUGAGUGCUACUUCUCUCUUGAGUGGCUUCCAGGCCAUCACAAUCAGCCUUAGCAGCCCCCAGUGGAUGGAGCUUAAGGUCAAAGCCCUCAAAUCCUUUCGAUUUUCCAUUCUCCUCUGCUGGACCCUUCACCUGUUGGUAAAUAGUAUUGUUCCUAUGUAUAUUACAGCGAUGGGGAAGAGCAACAACCUCACAGAGAAAAAAGAUUUGGGGUACUGUUCUGGCAUAAAUAUUGACAGAAAUAUAUCCUUAUUGUAUUCCAUGAUGUUUUCCUUCAUUGACAUCUUACAUUUGGUGUUAAUGAUUUGGGCCAGUGGCUGCAUGAUGUUCAUUUUGUACAGACAUAAGCAGAAGGUCCUGCGCAUUCACAGCAAAAGCCUCACUCCCAAAUGUUCCCCAGAGACAAGAGCCACCCACAGCAUCCUGAUGCUACUGAGAUUUCAAGUUCUUGCACAAGACCUGGGGUUUUUCCAAAACAGUGUUCAGCAAGAAAUUGCCAAGUGCAGUGUGAAUGCCCAGAUGGUGAAGCCUGGUGCCAAAAAGCUGCAGUGA